CGGCUUGACCGGAGUCGCCUUCUCGAGUCUGGCAUCCACGGAACACAUCCACGCCCUGCCGCCUCAAGACUCUCGCCGUCGCCCACCGCAUCAAUGGCCUCUAUCGAGCUCGCUGCAACUUACGCAGCCCUUAUCCUCGCCGACGAUGGCGUUGAGAUCACUUCUGAUAAAAUUGUCGCUCUGACAUCUGCGGCGGGUGUCGAGCUCGAGCCCAUCUGGGCUUCCCUCCUCGCAAAGGCGCUUGAGGGCAAGAAUGUGAAGGAGCUCCUCUCGAAUGUUGGCUCAGGUGGCGGUGCACCUGCUGUUGGUGCACCAGCAGCGGCUGCAGGUGCUGCCGCGGAGGCACCGAAGGAGGAGGAGAAGAAGGAGGAGGAGAAGGAGGAGUCAGACGACGACAUGGGCUUCGGUCUCUUCGACUAGUGUCUUCUCUUGCAUUCUCAUCAUCAUCUGUACACCUCGUCAUGCUGUAAUGACACGUAUCCGACCAUCCA